UCCCAGCCCUCUCGCCCCGGCUCCUCACUCGUCGGGAACUCAGGGACGGAGUGGAAACUUCCCCCCAAUUGCCCGCCAGGCAACGGACUGCACCGCCCCGGGGGGGUCGCCUCGGCCGCCGCCUGCUCUCCCUUCUCCCCGCCGUCAGCGGUCCUCCGCCCAGCCCAGUCUGCGCCAUGAAGCCCGCCGACCUGUUGCUCCCCGUCCUGCUCCAGAGCUGCUUGCUCGUGAGUCGGGUCCUCGCCCAAGAUAACGAAAUCACGAACGGCGUCGCUUUCAGAGAUUGCCCCGUGGACUUGUUUUUUGUCCUGGAUACCUCUGAGAGCGUUGCCUUGAGGGAAAAGCCGUUUGGAGCCUUGGUUGACAAGAUCACAGCCUUCACCAACCUUUUCAUUGAUAGAUUGACUGAGAGAUAUUAUCGGUGUGACCGGAAUCUGGUGUGGAACGCCGGUGCCCUGCAUUACAGUGAUGUGGUGGAGGUGAUCAAGGGGCUCAGCCGUAUGCCUGAUGGGCGAGAGGACCUGCAGAAGCGAGUGUCCUCCGUGGUUUCUAUUGGGAAAGGCACCUACACCGACUGUGCCAUCAAGAGAGGAAUCGAAGAGCUGCUCAUUGGGGGCUCUCAUCAGAAGGAAAAUAAAUAUCUGGUUGUGGUGACAGACGGCCAUCCCUUGGAUGGCUAUAAAGAGCCCUGCGGAGGACUGGAAGAUGCUGUCAACGAAGCCAAGCACCUGGGCAUCAAAGUGUUCUCCAUUGCCAUCUCUCCAGAUCAUCUGGAAUCCAGGCUGAGUGUCAUUGCCACAGACCACACCUAUCGCCGCAACUUUACGGCAACUGCAUCUCAGCAGCAACUUGAGAGAACAAUCGACACCAUCACUAGUAUGAUCACGGAGAACGUGGAGCACGGGUGCUGCUCCUACGAAUGCCAGCCCGCGCGAGGUCCCCCAGGGCCAGUUGGAGAUUCAGGAUAUGAGGGAGAAAGAGGGAAGCCUGGCCUGCCGGGUGAAAAAGGAGACGCCGGAGAGCCUGGGAAGCAAGGUGACCCUGGACCUGUCGGUUACCAAGGGAUGAAGGGAGAAAAAGGAGGUCGAGGUGACAAGGGCUCCAGAGGUGGGAAAGGAUCCAAGGGGGAUAAAGGCAAGCGUGGUAUCGACGGCAUCGAUGGCAAGAAGGGUGAAGCUGGAUUUCAUGGGUUACCUGGAUGCAAAGGAUCCCCGGGAUUUGAUGGCUUACGUGGACCUCCUGGAUCAAAAGGUGACCCUGGUCCUUAUGGGCCCAAAGGGGGACUGGGAGAUCCUGGCGUUGAUGGCAAAGCAGGCAGGCCUGGAAAUACUGGAGUCCCUGGAGAAAAGGGUCAGCCGGGAGCUGCUGGAGGCCCUGGAGAGAAAGGAGAGUUGGGAGACGAGGGAAAUCCUGGCCCAGAUGGCCCCACUGGAGAGAGGGGAGCCAAUGGAGAAAGGGGGCCGCUAGGUAUCCCUGGACUCCGUGGACCGAGAGGAGAAAAGGGUGAUUUGGGACCACAGGGUGACCAAGGCCGUGAAGGACCAUUUGGACCACCUGGAGAACCAGGUGAGGCUGGGCCAGCUGGACCUAAGGGGUACAGAGGAGAUGAAGGGACUCCCGGACCAGAGGGCCCCAAAGGACCCCUUGGGCCACCUGGACUACCCGGAGAUGCCGGCUUGAUGGGUGAAAGGGGAGAAGACGGUGCCCCAGGCAAUGGCACAGAUGGAUUCCCCGGCUUCCCAGGAUAUCCAGGCAACAGAGGUAGUCCUGGAGUUAACGGUACCAAAGGCUUUCCUGGUCCAAAAGGUGAUGACGGAGAGUUUGGAGAUCCUGGAGAGGAAGAUGGCACAAGUAUUGUCCAGGGCAUGAAAGGAGCCAAGGGAUACAGAGGUCCAGAGGGCCCUCCGGGACCUCCGGGACCUGCUGGCCCUCCGGGACCAGAUGAAUGUGAAAUUUUAGAUAUCAUCAUGAAAAUGUGUUCAUGCUGUGAAUGCAAGUGCGGCCCCGUCGACGUUCUCUUCGUCCUGGACAGUUCCGAGAGCAUUGGCCUGCAGAACUUCCAGAUUGCGAAGGAUUUCAUCAUAAAGGUCAUUGACAGGCUGAGCGGCGAUGAACACGUGAGGUUUGACCCCGGAGAGUCACGUGUUGGUGUUGUGCAGUACAGUCAUGACAAGACGCAGGAGCUGGUGGCCAUGGGAGAUGCCAACAUCAACAACAUCGGAGAACUUAAGGAGGCUGUGAAGAACUUGCACUGGAUCGCUGGUGGCACUUAUACUGGGGAGGCCCUGGAGUUCACAAAGGACCAGUUGCUGCGACGAUUUUCCUCUGAGAACCGGGUGGCCAUUGUUAUCACAGAUGGACGGUCGGACACCCUUCGGGACCCCAUACCCCUGAAUGCGCUCUGUGAAGUCAAUACCCAGGUGUAUCCCUUGGGUAUCGGCGAUAUUUUCUACUCUCCUCCAAACCCUGAGCAAUUAUCCAGUAUUUCCUGUAAUGGGUUAUCCAUUCUGCGAGAAAACUAUGCAGAGCUUCUGGAUGACAGUUUCCUGCACAACAUUACCUCUUAUAUCUGCAAAGACAAGAAGUGCCCAGACUACACUUGCCCAAUCACCUUUGAUGGCCCGGCUGAUAUCACGCUCCUAGUGGAUAGUUCUACCAGUGUCGGGAGCCGUAACUUCAACACCACCAAGAAAUUUGUGAAGCGCCUGGCCGAGCGGUUCCUGGCAGCAUCCAAACCUGCCGAGGACACCGUGCGCGUUUCGGUUGUCCAGUACAGCGGCAAAGCUCAGCAGAAACUGGAAGCGCAGUUCGAGCAGAACUACACCGUGAUCGCCGAGGCCAUCGACAGCAUGCAGUUCAUGAACGACGCCACGGACGUCAACGCCGCUCUCGACUAUGUCACCAACCUCUACCGGCAGUCUUCCCGCUCUGGGGCUAAGAAGAGGGUGUUGGUCUUCUCCGACGGCAACUCUCAAGGCAUCACCGGAAGCGCCAUCGAGAGGGCGGUUCAGGCAGCCCGGCAGGCGGGCAUCGAGAUCUACGUACUGGUGGUCGGCACGCAAGCCAACGAGCCCAAUAUACGCGUCCUUGUGACUGGGAAGACCACCGAGUAUGACGUGGCGUACGGGGAAAGGCACCUUUUCCGAGUGCCUGAUUACAACUCUUUGCUGAGGGGCGUCUUCUAUCAAACUGUUUCCAGGAGAAUAGCUGUCAACUGAGUCGGUGGAAUGUAAAGGAGUAGGAUUAUAUAGAUUCUAAGUUUUUUAAAAAAUAAAAAAGCUAGCACUCAACAGAACCCAUAUUUUUUAUAAAAAGCCCGCCCAGGUCCCUGCUUUUGAGCUGCAUCAUGCCUUUCCCUGCCCAUUUCUUUUCCCCCGUAAAAUUGUAUACUCUACAAAGGGCGAAAUGCAGGUCCGCUUAUUCUUUCACCCUAAUUUUCAACUGAGGUAAGCUCGGUUGGUAAAACUCAAGAAUCUUGAAAAUGCACUACCCUUUUAUUCCUAAGAUCGAGAGCACAUUUUCACGUGGAUACUAGGAUCCUCUUUCCAGAAUAAAAUGAUCCUUUAUCUUGCUGACACAAGUAACUUUUUUUUUUUUAAUUUGCUAUUUUACUUUAUUUUCAUAAUAAGAAAAACUAUCGCUUGGGCUACCCAGCUCCAGAAAACUUGCUUGGCCCCUUAAAGACAAGGAGGCGGUUCCUGGAAUACUCGCUGCUCUCAAGGGAACGAGCGGCAGUGACGAAAAUCGUAUCCUUGCGUACAACCUUCCAGUUCAUAGCAAGCUGUUUUAAAAUCACUUUAACCCCACAGCAUCAAUACAAACAAAAGUUUAGUUCAGGGGUCCCCAACCUUUUUGAGCCUGUGGGCACUUUUAACAUUCUGGAAUAGCCACAAA